GACGCCGAGGUCUACAUGCACUUCAUGAGGAGCCACUGUUGCUACGAUGCCAUCCCCACCAGCUGCAAGCUUGUUGUCUUCGACAUCUCCCUGGAGAUCAAGAAAGCCUUCAUAGCACUGGUGGCCAACGGGGUGCGUGCCGCCCCGCUCUGGGACAGCAAGACGCAGAGCUUUGUGGGGAUGCUCACCAUCACCGACUUCAUCAACAUCCUCCACCGCUACUACCGCUCGCCCCUGGUUCAGAUCUAUGAGGUGGAGGAGCACAAGAUUGAGACCUGGAGAGAGGUGUACCUGCAGGGCUCCUUCAAGCCGCUGGUCUACAUCUCCCCGAGCAGCAGCCUCUUCGAUGCUGUCUACUCCCUGAUCAAGCACAAGAUCCACCGCCUGCCCGUCAUUGAGCCCAUCUCGGGCAAUGUCCUGCACAUCCUAACACACAAGCGCAUCCUCAAGUUCCUCCACAUCUUUGGCUCCACUAUCCCCAAGCCACACUUCCUGAAGAAAACGGUGCAGGAGCUGUGCAUUGGCACCUUCCGUGAUGUGGCCGUUGUGCCUGAGACCGCCCCCAUCUACACCGCCCUGGAGAUCUUCGUGGACCGCCGUGUCUCCGCCCUGCCUGUCAUCAAUGCUGCUGGGCAAGUCGUCGGUCUCUACUCCCGGUUUGACGUUAUUCACCUGGCAGCCCAGAAGACCUACAACAACCUGGACAUCAGCGUGCGGGAGGCACUGCGGCAGCGCACCACCUGCCUGGAGGGGGUCCUCACCUGCUACCCUCACGAAACCAUGGAGGACAUCAUUGACCGCAUUGCCAAGGAGCAGGUCCAUCGCCUGGUUCUGGUGGAUGAGAACCAGUACCCUCGGGGCAUCGUCUCCCUCUCUGACAUCCUCCAGGCCCUUGUGCUCACUCCUGCAGGCAUUGACCGCUCCUCGCUCUGA